CUCGUGUAGUAACGCGAUAAUUGGUGACAAUCGUAAACUACAAAAUAGAGCCAAGUAAUACAAUAAGUGCUUUUAAAAACAUUUUCUCUUUUGAUUUCAUAGACGAAAUCUAUCUUUUACUUUUCUAAAAAAAUAUUAUCGCUUCAGUACUUCUUGGGAACUCAUUUAGCGCUGAAAAAGGCAUCGUUUUGAGAUGGCGCAACGAAAAUUUGGGAAUCUUAUUUCAACUGGACAUGAUGUUGGUUAUAACCGAGAAAAUUUAAUAACUCGAGGGAAAGUUGGUGCACAACGUGUAACUAGAGCAACUCUUGGUGAUAUUGGCAAUGUUGUGACAAAUGCCCAAAAAGAGUCCAACAUACACACAAGGAAAACCUCACAGAAAUCAAAAGGUGGCUUAUCACAACUAACUCAAACAAUACCUGAAUUGAAUGUCCGGCCUGAAGAAAGCACUCGAAUUUUCCAGCCAUUAGACAUGGAAAAUGCUGUUGAUGAAGUGUCCAAAGCAUUGGAAAACUGUAACAUCAUGGAUAUUGAUGCCAAUGAUUAUGAGAACCCACAACUUUGUGCUGAAUAUGCCAAUGAAAUCUACCAUUACCUGCUGUCAUAUGAGAAGCAAUUUAUUGUCCCUGACUACAUGAAGACUCAAAAACAUGUGAAUGAGAGGAUGAGAUCAAUUCUUGUUGAUUGGCUCGUACAAGUCCAUGAAAAAUUCCGCUUACUUCAAGAAACCCUUUAUCUUACUGUCUCGUACAUUGACAGAUAUUUGGCUAAAGUCUCUGUGCCUCGAAGUGAGCUCCAAUUGGUGGGUGUCACUGCUAUGCUUUUGGCUUCAAAGUUUGAAGAAAUGUAUGCUCCAGAAAUUGCCGAUUUUGUUUACAUCACAGAUCAGGCUUAUGACAAACAGACCAUAAGAGAAACCGAAGGUCAAAUGUGCAACACUCUUGGUUAUCAGUUGGGUGAUCCCUUGUGUCUGCACUUUUUGAGAAGAAACUCAAAAGCAGCUUGUGCCACUCCUGAGUCGCACACCAUGGCAAAAUAUUUCAUGGAACUAAUGUUAGUUGAUUACCAAUGUGUAAAAUUUACUCCUUCUAAUCGUGCAGCCAGUGCGUUAUGGCUUGCUUUGAAACUACUUUAUCAACGAGACUGGGAUGCCACAUUAGAAUACUACAGCCAUUACUCAGAAAAGGAGCUAAAGCCUUGUGCUUGCCGGAUAGCACAACUUGUCAUAAAAGCAAAUCACAAAGACACAAAGCUUAAUGCGGUUUCAAAUAAAUAUGCAAGCCAUAAAUUGUUGAAGAUAAGCCAAGCAUCUUGCCUCAGAUCUGACCAACUGUUUAAAAUUGCUGGCCAAUGGUGAUAACUGCCUGACACUUUUAAGUCAGUAAUAAUUGAAUCCUUUACUAUAUUUCUAAUAUCUAAGCAUUUUAGUAGUAUGUGAUAGAAUAUAACAGUCUUUUUUUAUAACUUGAACUGUCUGCCUAGAGUUCUGAACAAUAUGUGUUGUAAAUAGUGAUUGACUUUUGACAUCAUGAUUUUAAGCAUGCGAA